AUGUAUUAGAAUAAUUCUGAGGUAAAUCAUACAUAAUCAUAAUAGCAUUAUGAAUUUAUGAAUAGUAAUCUUGUGAUUGAAGAAAUCGCAGUGGAAAUAGAAAAUUAUAAAGAAGUUGUCCAAAUUGCUGAUGAAAAUAAAAUCAAGGUGGCACUUGUAAUGUAUAGCAAAAAUAAAAAACUAGGUAGACAACUAAAAACUUAAAUAAGAAUUCUUACUUGCAGACAACUUCUUAUAAUUCACCCAAGUUCUUAUCAUUUCUAGUAUAAGUCAAAAUUGUGAUUAUGACGAUCCAUUCUUUCAUUACAUUCUUAUGAUAACUAAAGUCAUUCGUAAGGCACUUAAAAGAAUGUUAGUCCCUAAUAGUAUUAAAACUAAAUAGGAAUUCAUUGUAUUGUUAAUCUAAUAUAGAGAUCAAAGAAAAUCAACUUUUUCGUUGUUUCUAUUAAGAUAUCAAUAUUGGGUUCAUUACUUCCACUGGUUAAAUUAAAUCCACUGCUUUUAUCUAUAUCCACAAGAACAUAAGAGAUUUAAUUAUUAAAAAGAUUGUGAUUGAUUAAAAAUAAGAGAGAGUUAGAUUUUUAAUGCAUUUUUUUAGAAUUGAAAACAUCAUCAAGAUACCAUAUGUACAAUUAGAUUACAAACAUUAAUUUAUUAAAACUAAUAAAUUCAAAAAUGAAUUCCUCAUAUUAAAUGAAGAGUCUGAAAAUCAUCAAACUUUAUUUCAUGUCUAUAAACCUAUGGAUGAUUAGAUUUACUUUAUAAAGAGAGUAAUAUUUGAAAUUAAUAAUAUAAUAGAUUCAUUUACCUGCUACUUUAACCUCAUCAUUUAUGAAUGUUUUUCAUGCUAAAGAUGUAUAUAUAAGUAGAGCUAAAAUACUUGCUUCCCUUUCACAUCCUAAUAUAAUUAGAUUAUAUGAUUGGUGGCUUGAGAUUCUCAACUAUUAAACAUAUUUAUUUAUGUAAAUUGAAUAUUGCACAUAUCCACGUUAUAUAUCUUAAGCCAAAAAUUUACUUAGCUAUGCUUAUUUUUAUAUGAACCCUAUGUCAUGCAAAUAAAAACACAAAUUAAUUUAAGAUAUUAUGUUAUAAAUAAUGCAAGGAUUAGAAUUUUUAAAAUAAAGAAAUAUUCAUGUCAUCGAUUUAAAACCAGAAAAUAUUAUGGUUACAAUUACUGUCACUGGAGAUUUAUAAGUAACUAUUUUAUAGAUUUUAAUAGGUCUUGAUUACUGAUUUCAAUCCCAAUUAAAAUAAAAAAUAAACUAUAACUAAUAGAGAAAAUAUAUCACCAGCUUUUGGAGCAUUAAUUAUGCAUUUAAUUUUAACUUUUCCAGGAGAUGGCACACUAAGAAAUAAUUAUAUUAAUAAAUUCUAAAAUAUGAGCUUAUAAGAUUCGAUAUCACUUUUUGAUUCAUGGGCUUAAAAAGUAAAAAAUAGAAAUCGCGAUUUUUCAUUUUAUCUCUUCAAAAAUUUAAUGCAAUCAGCUCUAUCCCUUUUAAUAAAUUAAUAAUAAUAUCAUGAUUUCAAUGAACUUAAAACUAUUAUUUAAAAAAUCGUUUGA